CUCAAUUUACAUUUGUAGGUGAGACAACAUUGGGAAUGCAAGAUUGGGGAUUGAUUUAGUGAACUUUGAUCUUUUGGCUAUAUAGAUUGAUUGAAUGAAAUGAGCGCUUGGUUACUUUAAACUCACAUCUGUUAAUAUUUUAAUAUUCCCGGUCAGUUCAAUUACGGAUUCCUGCAAAAUUUUAGUUCUCGAAACCGGUCUUUCGGAGUGGGUACUGUGUGACGUUACACUUUCGUUUUUAAUAUCUUGUCAUCAAGCCUUUAAACAAAUCUAGGAAAUAUGUCUGAUACAGGUAAAACUGAGAAAAAAGCUAAUCCCGCAAAGUCUUUCUUAAGUGGUGGCUUUGGCGGAAUAUGUACUGUUAUAUCCGGACAUCCUUUAGAUACUAUUAAGGUUCGCUUACAAACUAUGCCUCGCACGGCACCCGGCGAAGCCCCUAUGUACAAAGGUACAUUUGAUUGUGCAGCAAAGACUAUAAAGAAUGAAGGUUUCCUAGGAUUAUAUAAAGGAAUGUCGGCACCAAUUGUAGGUGUAGCUCCCAUUUUCGCUCUUUGCUUUGCUGGCUAUGCACUUGGAAAACGAGUUCAACAGACUGAAGGCAAUACCAAAUUAAACGGCCGCCAAGUAUUUGUAGCUGGCUCAUUUUCUGGAUUAUUAUCUACCAUCAUUACUGCUCCUGGUGAGCGUAUAAAAUGUUUGCUACAAAUUCAGCAGGCAUCAAAGGGAGCUGAGAAGAAAUACAACGGCAUGCUUGAUUGUGCCUCAAAAUUGUAUAAGGAGGGCGGUUUGCGAUCCAUAUACAAGGGAAGUUGUGCCACUUUGCUUAGAGAUCUACCCGCUAAUGGUGUAUAUUUUCUGGCCUAUGAAUGGAUUCAAGAGACUGCCAAAAAACGUUCAGGCAGCGAUAAUGUUUCUUUGGCUGUUACACUUUUUGCUGGAGGUUCAGCAGGUAUUGGCUACUGGUUAGUGGGCAUGCCAGCCGAUGUCCUUAAGAGUCGUUUGCAGACUGCUCCCGAGGGUACAUAUAAGAGUGGCAUUCGCAGCGUAUUCAAAGAGCUUAUGGUAAAAGAUGGCCCUCUGGCAUUGUAUCGUGGUAUAACUCCCAUAAUGAUUCGUGCCUUCCCAGCUAAUGCUGCUUGUUUCUUUGGCAUUGAAUUAGCGAAUAAAUUCUUUGACAGAUUCUUCCCGAAUUUUUAGUUUUUAGAUAACUACUUUUAAAUAUUUUCUAUCAUUACAUUUUUUUAUUUUCCCUAGCAAACUUUAGAAUAUUUUUGAGAUUAAAACAAUUAAUUUUGUAUAAAAUUGUUAAUGCAAUAAAUGAAAAAUAAAAAGAUUUUAAUUA